AUGGCGCGGGCGGCCCAUCGGUGCCCCUCUCUCUUCCUCUCCCUCUCCCUCUCUCCAGAUCUAUGGCCGCAUCGAUCUCUCGAGGUGGCGGGGGAGGAGGAGAGGAAGCGGGUGCUGGUGGUGGGCGGCAGCGGCUACCUGGGCCAGCACCUCCUGGCAGCGUCCUCCGCCGCCGACCACCUCAACGUCGCUUUCACCCACCACAGCCCCGCCCCGCCGCAGCUGCUCCUCGAUGCUCUCCCCUCCGUCUGCGCCGACCUCCACUCUGGAGACGGCCUCGAGGCGAUCUCCGCGUCCUUCGGCCAGCCACACGUAGUUGUCAACUGUGCUGCGCUGUCAGUUCCUCGGGCAUGUGAAAUGGAUCCACCUGCUGCUCUGGCUACCAAUGUGCCUUCUUCACUUGUGAAUUGGUUGCUGAGUUUUGGGAAUGAUGACUCACUUUUGAUUCAUCUGUCAACUGAUCAAGUUUAUGAGGGGGUGAAAUCCUUCUACAAAGAAGAGGACGAGACAGUGCCGGUGAACAUGUAUGGAAAAUCUAAAGUUGCUGCAGUGAAACUCAUUGUUGAGAAAUGCUCAAACUACGCGAUCUUGAGAAGCAGCAUUAUCUAUGGGCCACAAACAAUCUCUCUUGUGGCAAAAUCCCUUCCCGUUCAGUGGAUGGAUGGUUUUCUUUCACAAGGCCAGCAGGUUGAGUUCUUCAAUGAUGAAUUCCGGUGCCCUGCCUAUGUCAAAGAUAUGGUGGACGUAAUUUUGUCAUUGACAAAAACUUGGUUAUCAGAUGGCAAAAAAGUCCAGGUCCUCCUGAAUGUUGGUGGUCCAGAUAGGGUAUCAAGACUGUAG